UUUCGGGUUGCCCCUUUGACGAAGGAGAGUUUGGACAGUAUGAAUAUUUAAUAUUAUAUUAGCGUUUUGUAAUCAGCGAUUUAGACUUGAUUAAUGAAAAAGAGCGUGGCCCUAGAUAAACCCCAACCAACAGUCAUGAAUCCCAAGCUCUCCUUCGUCAAAACCCUUAUCCGAAAUGCGAUUACGACCCUCUACACCACAAUCAGUCCUCUCGGAAAUCACAAGCAAAGCGUGGCCCCGGAGCUCGACGACCGGGUCUCCAAAGGCAACAAGGUCAGCAUCGGUGAGCUCCAGCGCAUCAUUCGUGACCUUCGCAAGCGCAAACGCUUCUCUCAAGCCCUCCACGUAUCUGAGUGGAUGAAUGAGAAGGGGAUAUGCAAGUUUCGGCCGAGUGAGCAUGCUGUGCAGCUGGAUUUAUAUGUAAGGCAGCUCCAGAUGGAGAAGUCUCUGGCUCAUUUUUGGAAAAUGCAGGAGUUGGGGUUUGCUUCUUCGGCUAUUGAUUACAGUGGGAUCAUGUGUUUGUAUACAAAUUCUGGGCAGCAUGAGAAGGUCCCUGGUGUGAUGGCUGAGAUGAAGGAGAAUGAUAUCUCUCCGGACAACUGGAGCUAUAGAAUACGCAUAAACUCUUAUGGGGCAAGGUCUGAUCUUGAAGGGGCCAAAAAGGUUUUGAGAGAAAUGGAGGCGCAGCCUUACAUUGUCAUGGACUGGAAUACUGCUUCUGUUGCUGAUAUCUACCUGAAGGCAGGCCAGACAAACAAGGCGAUUGAUGCCUUAAAGAAAUCGGAAGAGCGGUUGGAUACGGAAAAUGGGCUCGGCUACAAAUUUUUGAUUUCACUGUAUGCUAAAAUGGGGAAUAAGAAUGAAGUUUUGAGGUUAUGGGGUCUUAUGAAGAGUGUUUGUAAGAGAUGCAUAAACAGGGAUUAUAAAUGCAUGUUGGUGGCUCUGGUGAGGCUUGGUGAGUUUGAAGAAGCUGAGAUGGUGUUGAAGGAAUGGUAAAUGUCUGAAAACUUAUACGAUUUUAAAGUGCCUCAGACUGUGGUAGAAGGUUACUCAGAAAAGGGGUUGCAUGAGAUAGCACAAGCUCUACUUGAAGACUUGAUGGAGAAGGGAAAACCGACAAACAUUAAAUGUUGGGAAUUAGUAGCUUCUGGAUACGUCGCCAAGGGUGAGAUGGAAAAAGCUUUGAAGUGUAUGAAGGUUGCUCUCACUGUGUGGACACAGGUAGGACGGAGACCCGACGAUAGGUUGAUCGCAACCUUGCUGAGUUGGCUUGGUGAUGAAUGCAGUGUUGAAGUUGUAGAAGUUUUUGUUGGAUUAUUGAGGAAGGUUAUCCCAGUGAACAGGCAGAUGUAUCAUGCAUUAUUGAAGGCUUAUAUAAGAGGUGGUGAAGAUGUAGCCGUAGGUAGUAUUGUGGAUCAUAUGAAGACUGACAAAAUAGAUCAUGACGAAGAAACAGUGAAGCUCCUUGACAUGAGGCCAACCUAGUUCUGAUACCCCAUUUGAUCUGAAUAUACAAAUUGAAGAUAUCAGAAUCUCCUAUAAACACUUGAAACGUUUUUUUUUUUAGGAGAACUUAAACUUUAUUUUAUAUUUGAAUAAAAUCCUGAAAGGGCUGGGAAUUUUUGUUGUUGGUCGAAAGACAAGACUUGGAGAGUACCUUACUGCUUUUUUCAAAAACUUGGAGACUAAGAUGAACUCUUGGAUACUAUUUAAACCCUUGUAUUAAAGUUGGUGUCGGAUCAACCCUUGUAUAACACCCGAAGUUCUUCCUCAUCA